AAAAAACAAAACAAAACCAAAAAUGUCAGCCGGCGUGCAAAACGCACGAGACCCGCGGUACUCGCCACCGCUCCCGGUGGGCGGGGCGCCAGGGGUGGGACUUCAGCGCAUCAUUUCCGCUUCCGGUUCCCAAUGAACUCUCCCGCCACUGGGAAAGAGCGGCUGUCAGCGCGGGUGUUUCUUCCAGUCUGGUUGCUGGCUGGUUAAAGACUAUACUGCGUGUUUAUUUGGGACGGAGAGAAACCGUGGAGUUGGAAGCUUGCGAGUUGACCUGGUGGGACCGAGUGACGGGUAGUGUCAGGUGGUCAAGAUGCAGUUCUCAGGAAGGAUCCGGAAGAAGCUGAGAUUGGCAGGUGACCAGAGAAAUGCUUGUUACCCUCACAGCCUUCAGUUUUACCUGCAGCCACCUACUGAAAACAUAUCGUUGACCGAGUUUGAAAACUUGGCUUUCGAUAGAGUUAAAUUGCUUAAAGCAAUUGAGAAUCUUGGUGUGAGCUAUGUGAAAGGAACUGAACAAUACCAGAGUAAAUUGGAGGCCGAGAUUCGAAAGCUGAAGUUUUCCUACAGAGAGAACCUGGAGGAUGAGUACGAGCCACGGCGAAGGGACCACAUCUCCCACUUUAUCCUGCGCCUUGCGUACUGCCAGUCGGAAGAUCUUAGACGAUGGUUUAUUCAACAAGAAAUGGAUCUGCUUCGAUUUCGAUUCAGUAUUUUACCGAAGGAUAAAGUCCAGAGUUUCUUAAAGGAUAGUCAUUUGCAUUUUGAGGCUGUAAGUGAUGAGGAGAAGACCCUUCGAGAACAGGAUAUCGUGGCGUCCUCUCCAAGCCCAAGUGGGGUCAAGUGGGAGUUGGAGUCCGUUUAUAAGGUCCCCUUUGCCGAUGCUCUAGACCUGUUCAGAGGAAGGAGAGUCUACUUGGAAGAUGGCUUUGCUUACGUGCCACUUAAGGACAUCGUGGCCAUUAUUUUGAAUGAGUUUAGAGCCACGCUGUCUAAGGCUUUGGCAGUUCAGAGGCUUAGUCCAUUGUCAUCUUGGUGUGAAGCAUGGCAGCAGACGCGGCAGGCAGGGUGCUGGAGAAGUAGCCGUAGCCGCGAGCUAUGUCCUGAUCCGGAGGCAGAAAAAGGAAGAGUCAUCUGGUCUGGUUGCAAAGUCCACUCCCAGUGACACACUUCCUCUAACAAGGCUAUACCCCCUAAUCUUUCUAAUCCCAGCAAACAAUGCCACUCCCUGCCAUUCAGUAUAUGAGCCUAUAUGGGGCAUUCUUAUUCAAACCACCACACCAUCUGUGUUUAUUUUGUGUCUUUACCUAGUUUUGGUAUCAAUAUGAUACUGGUUUUAUAGGAUGAAUUUGGUAGUGUUCCUUUACAUUCUAUAUAAGAAGAAGAAUUGUUAUGAGGUCUUCAGCAGGUGCAUCAGUCAUCACAAGGCAAUACAAAGCAUCUGCCACCAAGGGUGGUAAGAGAAUCAAAAUUACAGAACCCACGAGGCGCUGAGAAAGGACUGAGAGCCUUAGCAUUCAAAAGAAAUAACUGUCACAUAGACUCAGACAGAUGCGUAAGUUAAGGAAAUCUCCCCAUGACCUUGGCAAGAUAGUCUCCAAACUGAACAUACCAGUUAAUAAAUUGGAGGUGAAAGUUCAAAUGUGUGGGGGGAAAUUAGCAAGGAGACUAACCAUUGAAGGAAAUAGCUAAAAAUCACAAGAGACAUUAUCUUUAGCAGAUAAGACCAUGCAGAAGAAUGACAGAGCCUGGAAAAUAAUACCAUCAGUCAUAUGUGAGGAAAAUAUUAAGGACCAUGAAUGAUAUUUCUAAGAAGUCUGGGAUACAUUCAAGAGGCUAAACUCGAGCACUCAUGGUGUCGGAGAAGGAGCAGAGAUAAACUGAAGGGAGUGUACAGCCUGGUGAAAUUGCAGGAGAAAACUUGAGAAGCCUACAGAAAUGGGCUUUCAAACACAGGAUGUUUAUAGAUCUCCAGGUAGAUGUGACCAGAGAGGAAACCCUCCAUGACAUAUUAUAGUCAGGGUGUUAGAAAUACAAAGAAACAAUCUUAAAAGUAGGAGAAAAGCACCAACUUACAUAUGAAGGCAUUAAUAACAGAAUUGUCCCUGGCUUUUCAUCUGCGAGCAUCAAAGCCAGAAUAAUGAGAUUUCAGGCUCUGAAAGUAAACAACCGUGAACCAAAAAUGUUAAGUACUGCAAAGCCAUCUUUCCAAACUGAUGGAGAAAUGAAGGAAUUUCAAAGCCAACACAAAAGCAAUUCAUGCCAACCAUGCUGCUCUGCAGAGUUCUUAUGGGAAACUUUAUAGGGAGGAAGAUGGCAUAACUACAGAUAAACACACUUGAUCUGGGGGAAAAACAGCCAUGCAGACACAACAGCUCAGUAGACCUCAAAACUAAUACAGGAGAGGAAAAGAAAGAAGAAUCCAUCGAGAUAGUAUGUCACCUGUUUUAAUUAGCACUUCUAUUGCUGUGAUAAAACACCAUGACUAAAAGCAAUUUGGGGGAGAGGGUUUAUUUUGCUUAUACUUCCACACCACAGUCCAUCAUUGAAAGGAGUCUGAGCAGGAACGCCAGGCAGGAACCCAGAGGAAGGAACUGAAGUCAAGGUCACGGAGGACUGCUAAUUAGUGACUUGCUCCUCAUGGCUUGCUUAGCCUGCUUUCUUAGAGAUCCUGGUACUACACUUGCCCAGGGGAAGUCCCAUAUCAAGCAUUAGUCAGGGAACUGCACCACAGACUUACAGGUCAAUCUAGGGGAACAUUUCCUCAACUGAAGAUCCCCUCACCAAAAUGACUAGUUUGUGUUAAGUUGUUAUAGAACUAGCCUACAUAAUUCAGUUUCUUUAAAACAUCCUUUAAAAGUCCUUUUCAGAAUUCGAAGUCUCUCUAAAGCUUCCAAAGUCUGUCUAAAAUAUUCAUGCUCUUUAGAAUAGCCAAAGUCUCUACAGUAGGCAAAGUUUCUAUAAAGUUUCAAAGUCUCUUAACUGUGGGAUCUUGUUUUUAAAAAAAGUUACUUUAUUACUCCAAGAGGGAAGAACCAGGGCACAGUUAGUCACAUUCAAAUCAAAGCUAAGCCAAAGCUGAACAGUGCAAAGCUCAGAGUCAGACCCCCGUGGCUCAGUGUUGAGGCUUCUCCAGCUUUGCCACCCACAGCACAGCUCUGAGCACUCACUGGCUCUUCCAACACAGCAUUCCAAACUCCUUCCACAGUCCUCCCCAACCCAACCUGAGGAUAAUCACAGCAAACCCAUCUCCUUGUACCAGUUCCUGAUUUACAGCCUCUGUUACUGUGAUAAAACACCAUGAACACAGCAACUUGUGGAGGAAAGGGUCUCACUUUUUUGCAUGUAUUUCCAUAUAAUAGUCCAUCAUUGAAGGGCAGUAGGCCAGGAACUCCAGAAAGGAACCAGUACACAGAAACUGAAGCAGAAACCAUGGGGAAUGCUCCUUACUGGCUCACUAUCAUGGCUUACUGAGCUGGCCUUUGUGGCAGGAUUUUCCCCGUCCAAUUAUAUUAAAAUAUUAAUGCAGCAGGAGGCCUGAGAUUGGACAGGGAAAAGGGAGGUGGAAUGAAGAGUUGGAGAGACAGAGAGGACUAAGAGAGGGGGGAAGCAAGAUGAGGGGAAGGACAGAAUGAUUCAGAACCAGCAUGGUUUUAACUAGCCACAGGUAGAUGUGAUAUCAUGUAGGGAUAAAAUAAUUGGGGUAACUUGUCUAAUCUAGGUGGGCAGCUUGAAUUCAACUGGCCUUGAAUUUAUUGUGUGGGUAUCUUGUGAAUUGAGAAUUUAUUAAUAUAUAAAUCUGACUGAUUAAUUAUAAGCUUCUAGAGUUUUGCUUCUACCGGGUUGCUAGGUGUUGUGGCGGGUUGCUAGGUGGUGUGGUGGUUGUUGCAUGGCGCUGGUGUGGCAUUGAUCCACCAAGGGAACUUAGGGAGUUGGGCAUGCAUGUUUCUGUGGCUCCUGGCUCAUGUUUCUGUUCUCCUGAGUUGAGAACACCCAGCUGGAGCAAUGCGGCCCAGAGCAAUGCAGCCCAGAGCAAUGCAGCCCCAUGGUGCCCCUCGUAGUGCCGGAUAUAAAUAGUCAUUUUUUAAUAUUUCCUGCAACAAGCCUUCUUA